AUGGCCUAUUUUGACAAGAGAGCUGAAAAAGAUUUGAAGAAGUUGAUCAAAUGCUUGACUGGAUUUCAGGAGGGAAGUGAUAACUUCACUUUAUCUCAUGAAUUUGCAUUAUCUAAUUUUCGAUUUCAUCGAUACCUUGCAGUUGAUAGUCAUAAAGUCACAAGACAGUUACAUGGAGUUUGUGAGAAGUUUGCUAUCCAUUCUCAGCCACAUAAACAUGAGGUGUUCAAGAGAUUGACAGAUAAGUUUCUAAACUCACCAUUGUUGAUUGAUCAGGAUUUAAUGAAGUCUGAUGCUCAUUAUGGAAUAUUAUCAAUAUUGAUGUUAUUAUCUGAGUCUCCAGUCAGUCACCACUAUAAGGAACAAGUAUCAAAACCUAAAACAGAGGAAAAGGACAAUUUUGAUUGGACAUCAUAUCUUUUGGAAGGAAUUGAGAUUCCAAGUUUUCUUUCAUCAGAUGAGGAGUGGUCCAAUGAUGAGGCAGCCUCGGAGCCAGAAGAUGAAGUACAGGACUCUGGUAUCCAUGUCAACGAAAGUGAUGAUACUCUUGUAACAACAACCCUAGAACAUAGCGAACAUGUUGAACAGCAUGCUGGGAAGGAUUGGAUAUCUAAUAAUGUGGUGGUACAAUAUUGGCAUGGUGAUGUGGAAAAACAUGUGUUUGGUGGUCAUCCCACAAGUUCACUCGCUAAACAGUGGGAUUUGUAUCUUUAUGAAAAGCAGCCAUUUCAUCAGUUUGGAAGUAAAUUUACAAUGACGGAAACACAGGUUGUGAGAGAGACGAUAUGGUUAUUAUUUGGUAUGUCUGAUAUGUUUGUAUAUAAGUAUACUGACAACAAAUGUACAUGUAAUGCAGAUAUUCAAGUCUCACAUCUCACACCGAAUGCACUGUAUAGUUUGCUGUAUUAUUUUGCAAGAUAUGGUCAGAUGGUAUACCAUUUACAUCAGUUUAUUGAAGAGAUUAUUACCCAUAGUGGAAAUAUUGAUUACAAAGUAUCACAAACAUUCCAGGCAUUCGCGUCAUCACUCUCCUGUUUUCUACAACAAUUUAAAUCAGAACUUUGUAUUAUAGAAAAGGAUAUAAUGAAGCAAGAUAAGAAUGUAAGUUUGAGUGAACUGAAGGAAAGAAUUCAACCACAGUUAGAAGUUGUGGCUACGUUAUAUGAUAUAUACAAUAUUGGAGUUAAUAACAGUAAUGGCAAUAGUGCUGUAUUAUUAACGGCAUUCUAUAACACACUGUUAGAGUUACAAAGCAAUACAGUGGAAAAUACAGAUAGACUUAAGGUGUGUACUGUAUUAUCAAUAUGGUUAACAUCCACCCAGCCCUUUAUAAAUAUCAUAGAUGAGUGGAUCAGUAAUGGUAAAUUAGUAGAUCCAGCUAAAGAAUUUAUUAUAUCAAGAAAUGAAGAAAUCCAGACUAAUAGUAAUGAAUAUUGGGAGAAGGGCUACACCAUAUAUGGCGUCUCAGCACAGCAAUCUAAACUACAGCAACAGCAGUUCACUAAAGAUACACCAUCAGAAUCAGUUGGAAUUCCAGGAUUUUUAGAACCAAUCUUAUACAGUGUUAUAUCUGCUGGAAAAUCCAUGGAUCUAGUGGCAAGUCUUGGUAGACUAACAGAGAAGAAAUUAAAUUUGUCAGAGGGUGACAGGAUUUCCCUUUUUGAGAGUUUUACCAAAUCUCUGUACGGUGUAUGGGAUAUAGAUGAGAGUGAAGACAUUGAUGAGUCAAGUGAUAGUGAUGAUGUUGUCAUUGAUAUCUCACAGCAACAGUUAACAGAAGUGAAUCUCUUGUUACAACAUGAUGCCAAACUGCAGAGUAAACAAUACACUCUUAGCUCAAAGAAAUCAUUCUCAAGUGGUUUACCUCAUGAACUAAUGGAUGUGUUUACAGAUAGACCACUGGACAUCCAGUUAGUGAUGCAUCGAUGUCUAUAUCCGCAUAUCAUUAAGAAGUGUAACAGAGCAUCCAGUCACUUAGUAAAGUUGUUAAAAACUGAAUAUCAUUUGUUAGAUUACCUUGCAGCCAUGAGAUAUUUCUACCUAAUGGAAGCUGGUGAUGCCAUGUAUGAUUUUUAUACGGAUGUAUUUGAGAGGUUAAGACUACAAGAAUAUUGGCAAGAUGUGACUUAUCUAACUAAUGCACUCCAAGAGGCUGUACACAUGCAUCAUUCUAAACAUAUGAGCAGGCUAACAGUUAGUGUGGAACCAGUAUCCAAAACGAAACGUCUUCCCAUCAAUGCUUUGGACGUGUUAACACUGCACUACAAGGUACCAUGGCCAGUAAAUGUUGUCCUCAAUCCAGAAUGUCAGCAGAUAUACAAUGCUGUGUUCCGUUUGUUAUUACAAAUCAAGAGAGCUAAAUACUGUUUAGAACAACUCAGAUUCAGUGAUCUUACAAAUGUGGUAUCCCCAAGUCCAAAGAAUUGUGAGAGUGAAAACCAACAUUUAGUGCAUCGUAUUUAUCUCAUAAGAGUCCAGUUGUUACAUUUCGUGGAUUGUUUACAUAAUUAUAUAAUGACACGGAUUCUCCACACUACUGGAUGGGAAUUCCAACAACAAUUGGAUACAGCAGUUGAUUUGAAUCAGCUCUUAGAUGUCCAUACCCAUUAUGUUAAGACUAUUUAUGAACGGUGCCUGCUCAACAAAAAGAUGGGUUAUGUACGGGAAGCUAUCAUCAAAGUAUUAAAUCUGGCACUGAACUUCCAGAAACGCUGGGAUGGCGGUUUACAUACUAUUACUGAGCCAAUAUUAGAUAAAAUGGAGGAAGAAUUUAAAAAAUGUCAUUACUUCUUGUCCAAGUUGUUUGCGAAUACAGUUAAACGAGGUGUAUUUCCACACUUGGAACUCCUUGCCCAGUCUCUGCAAACUUCUUACAUGAAUGCAACAGCUCACACCAAGAAGUAACUUAAAAAUUUACUGACCUAUCGUAUGCAUGUACAUCUAUUAGUGUACACAACAUUUGGGUAUAAAUUUGAUUGAAAGUGCAUUGUCAAUCAUCU